CCGCCGGUUCCGGUUCCGGUUGCGGUUCCGGUUGCGGUGGCGCUGGGCCCGGUGCGGAGCGGCGGCGCCAUGGGGCUGAGCGCCGAGGAUGCGGCCGAGCAGGAGGAUCGCUUCGACGGGAUGCUGCUCGCCAUGGCCCAGCAGCACCAGGGCGGCGUGCGCGAGCUCGUGAACACCUUCUUCAGCUUCCUGAGGAGGAAGACGGAUUUCUUCACCGGGGGAGAGGAUGGAGUAGCAGAGAAGCUGAUCACAGAUGCCUUCAGGCACCACAACAAGCUGGCUCAGAAGGAGCGCCGGGAGAAGAAGGCGCGCCAGGAGGCCGAGCGGCGCGAGAAGGCAGAACGCGCUGCCCGCCUGGCCAGGGACAGGCAGCAGGAGCCCAACAACGAGCCCAGGAUCAAAGAGCUCACAGAUGAGGAGGCAGAGAGGCUGCAGCUCGAGAUCGACCAGAAGAAAGAGGCACAAGGGCAGGGUAAYGGUGUGCCAGAAAAACCCUCAGAGGAGGAAGGUGAAUCCUCAGACUCCAACAAACAGGGAACAGAUGAUGAAGAGGAAGAUGAGAAGGAUAAAGGAAAACUUAAACCCAACUCUGGCAAUGGAGCYGACCUUCCCAAUUAUAGAUGGACACAGACUCUUUCAGAAUUGGAUCUGGCUGUGCCCUUCAAGGUGAGCUUCAGGCUGAAGGGCAAGGACGUGGUGGUGGAUAUCCAGAGACGCCGCCUCAAGGUCGGCCUCAAGGGCCACUCCCCUGUCAUUGAUGGGGAACUCUUCAACGAGGUCAAGGUGGAGGAGAGCUCCUGGCUCAUUGAGGAUGGCAAAACAGUCACUGUGCACCUGGAGAAGAUCAAUAAGAUGGAAUGGUGGAACAAACUGGUUUCCACAGACCCAGAAAUCAACACCAAGAAAAUUAAUCCAGAGAACUCAAAGUUGUCAGACCUGGACAGCGAAACUCGCAGCAUGGUGGAGAAGAUGAUGUAUGACCAACGACAGAAAUCCAUGGGCCUGCCCACCUCUGAUGAACAGAAGAAGCAAGAUAUUUUGAAAAAGUUCAUGGAACAGCAUCCAGAAAUGGACUUUUCAAAGGCUAAAUUCAACUGAGCUCUCCCCUUCUCCCCCCGUUUCAGUCAGCCCAUAAAUGGGGCAGGAUGUGUAUGGUUGGAUAUUCCUCACCUYGGGCAAGUCAAACCUGCAGUGUCCCCCACCCGAGCUUGCUGUGGAGGCAGCUGAGCAGAGUCACCUCAGUGUCCUGGGGAGCAAAAAGCAGGGCCAGAGCAGCCACAGCAGCUCCAGCAGAGCCAUCUGCCACAAUUCCCAAAGGGCAGAGAGGAGAGAAGGAGGGCUUAGAGCACUAAAGGGUCUUGGGGCUGAGAGRUUUUGGGAUAAAUCCUGAAGGUAUUGCUUCGUUCCCCUGGGCUGCUCAGAGCUCUUCAUCCUCUCUUUGCCACUCAGCUACUCCUGAGUUCUACCCCUCCUGCUCUCCUGUGAAAACAAGGGUCAGCUUGUUUGGUAAAAUCAUUAUUUUUCUGCCUCCUUGGGAAGUGCAAACAGCAGUUUAAAAUCCCAGCUAUUGCAGUAGAGACAGAGCCUGCUUCUCCUUGCUGCUGCUCCUGGUUGUGCCAGAAGUGGGACAUCUGGAGCAUUCCAGGGAGAGUUUGAGCUGCUGUCCUGGAGCAAGGAGAGGCUGGAGAGGCUGUGGCUGUGGUGGGACAGGGAUUGGGGGGCUCUGGGGGUGCUGUUCCUGCUGGGAGGUUCCUGCCUCUUUUCCAGGAGCCUCUCCCCGCUGGCCACGAGCUCCUGCUGACAAUGGCAUCACUCUGCAUGUUCGUAUCUUUGUUCAAACUGCAGUGCAACAUAAAGGAAAAGCAGUGGAAUGUC